CGAGUCGCAGAUUUGGAGCAUAGAGCAUACCCGCUGUACGACGUUCUGUUAUUCACAGCUUCGAUACUUCAUUCCGCGCUACUCUACAAGUUCACCCAUAACACUGGACCAAACAUGCCGCAAGUAGGUCAGUAGGUGGACAUAUCCCAGCCGUCACUGAGCAACACUGGUAUUCUAGGCAUGCUCUCAUUUCAUGGCUGGAGUCCAACGAUCCAGCACGCGAUUUUCCACCCGCCUUGAGAAUGCCGCUUCGAAACCCACAUCCAGCUCAAAUGUGACCCGCGGAUUCUGUGUUCCCAAGGGAAAUCAGACGCCAGGUGACCAGACACAGCCGUUUCGCCAGGCCAAACGGUCAUGGCUAGGCACGCAGUCUCCCCUAACCAGCGGGUCAGGAGGAUUAGGGAGGAUUCCGCUACGGUGGCUCGGUCGAAUGUUCGUUCAGGCGAUUGUGCUUAUAGCGGUGGCUCAAUUCGUCCACGUCGCCACGCUGUCGAGCUCCCGAUGCAAUUGCGAUUUGACCCCGUUAGAAGAGAAGCAAGGGAGAAAAAUUGGUACUUUGAGAUUACCGGGCUCAUCUCAGCCGUUGAUUCCGGAGUUUUGGAACACCUCGCUUGAUCGGGACCUGGACUUAUCUCCGCUGUGCAAACGAGUGCUGACCAGUGCGACGGAUGGUAAUGUGGUAACCAGCUCACCUGACGGAGCAGAUAAACUUACAAGUGCCGCAUUACCUGCCGGUGUAACGUCUUGCCAAAGAGAGCUCCGCGUGGCUCUGCACAGUUGGGCGAAAGAAGCAGCGAAAAGAGAAAAGAGUUUAACCCAUACAGAAACAUCUAAUAUCGAGGAUACUCAGUGGGACUUCCACCAAUCACGUUCGGCAGAGCUCCAGUUGGAGUCAGUCCAGGCACGUGGCGAUCUGGGCCACGUGUGCUCUCGUGAUUGGCUGAACGGCGUCAUGGCUCGAUUACCUAGCAGCAAGAUCAUUAGAGCGUCGCUGAAGCGCAACAACAUCACAAGGGAGAGCCUUUUAGCGGGGAUAAAGUCCACAUGCGAUGGCGUCAGGGAGAUGGAGAUUGGUUUGAUCAAGGGAGCCGUUUCAGCAGACCUGAUUGGCCAGGAGGACAACAGUGGUAGAGCUGUAGGCAGCAGUCUUAACAGCAGCCGUGGCAUCAACAGUGGUUCCAGCAGCAGCAGCAGCAGCAGCAGCAGUGGUGAUGGUGGUGAUGGCAGUGCACGUGCGGAAUGGCCUGAGGCAUGCUGGCCCAUUCCUGGCGUGCCAUUCAACAGAUACUCGCCCUUCUCCAAGCGACGGUACUUGGUGGUAGCGGCAGUGACAGAGCAGCUGAGCAACGCGCGGAGCCAUCUGGUGGAGGCUGCCCGGCUGGCGAAGAGAACAGGGCGGAUCCUGGUGCUGCCUAAGGGGGCCAAUAGCCGUAUCUCGCUCGACUUGCACCUCCCCAUCUGCUCCUACUGGGACAUUUCCCGCUUUACCCCGUACGAGUGGGUAUCCCCCGAGUUCUACCUCCUCACAGCGCGGGCGGCCCUCACGCGCCCCUCGGUGGGGUUCGUGUGGGUGCAGUCGCCCAACAUGCUCGUGAGGGGCGCGUUUCAAUCCGGCAUGGUGGGGGGGGAGUUGCUGGCGCCGCUGCUGGUGCACGCGAUGGGGCAUGUGCCGUGCGCCAGCAACACACUGGAUGUGACCAUGCCGGCUCGCAGCGAUGUCGUGAUCAACAUGCUGCAUGCCUGGAGGGACAAGGACGUGAUCAUCUGGCUCAAGCACGGCCCCUCUCGAGUGGAGUUCCCGAUCCCCUCUGACUCCCUCGCCCUGCGCCAGCUGCCCUACAGUCCUCCGCUGCACGUUACCGCGCAACGCAUCCUCGCCCGCCUGCCCAAGCCCCUCAUUGCCGUCCAUUACCGGUCUGAAUGGAUUGCGUAUCGAGUGGCAAGGUCAACCAGCAAUGCACAGUACGGGCAGGGCGACGCCGGGAAAGCUGCCGAGCUCAUGAGGUGGUGCGCAGAGCAGGCAGUAAGAACCAUUGAGGCGGUCCAACAGAACAGCAGCAGCACAUCCGUCUACAUUGCUGCUGACGUCCCUUCGAAUGUAGCCGCUCCUUCCACAGAUGGCCCUUCCUCAAAUGGCCCUGUCCCAGGUGGCCCUUCCUCAGAUGUUCCUCCCAUAGAUGGUCCAUCCAACACCAGUUCUAUUUCUCGAGGGGUCAUGCGGUCUGCCUCAUGGGCGGGGACCAUAGGGGCCUAUGGGGGGAUGGAGAAGGAGCGGGAGGGGCUGGUGGGCGCUGCUAUGCAGGGGUUGCAGUUAAUGAGGCGGUCUAUACAGGGGACAGUGAUGAUUGAGGAGCUGCUUCCUGAAGCCAGUUCGUAUGACACCGGAAUGCUAGCGAUUCUUGAUAAGCUGGUCUGUGCACAAGCCGAUUUCUUCAUCGGAGGAACGGUGGUUUGUGGGGGGAGGAGAGGUUUUGAAAGGGACAUUUUGCAGCAUCGGGCACUUUUGAAGAAUGUGAAACAAGAGACAGACCUCAGAUGGGGUGGAGAAGAUCUCCCCUUGACGUUACAGUAAUUUGAAGCUAAAAGCACAAGGUUACAAACUGCACUUAGGUCCACAACAACAUACUAAGUUGGGGCAAUGUUGCAGUCAGUAGUCCUACUAUUCUCUCAGAAUUUUUAAUGAUAAUAGAGUUAGAGAGUACAUGCACAUAUACCUAAAUGUUGUACCCUCUAGGAGGUUACCCUAUACAGUCUAUACAAACAU